AUGGAAGCGGAACAUGAACGCAGAGAGCUGGUGGAGGAGCUCAAGUCGGCGGUGCAGGGCAUCGUCGACGUGGCCGUGCACAGCCACAACGCCGCCGGCGAGGAGGCCGAGGCCGUGGGUGAGUCCAAGAGCCUGACCGAGCAGAAUUCGAACGUGCGCCGACUGCUCAAGAGCAUCGAGGACGUGCUCCACCACCAGGUCAAGCCGCCGCGCUUCGGGCAAGUGCCCAAGGUGUGGAAGUAUUUGGAGAACCUCGACCAGUGCCUCCCCGGCACGACCGGCACCCUACAAUCUGUGCGACAGUAUGGAGACAGCGACUACGCGCGGGUACGAUUAUUCAUCCGGCUGGCGCUCAACGAGCGCGCCCUCUCCGAGUACCUCUCGGCCCUCGCCUGGAAUCAGUCGCUCACCACAAACUACUACAAGGAGGAGGCGAUCCUACGACACGACGAGCCGCUGGACACUGUGUUCCUGCUCCUGGAGAACCUCAACAAAUUCAAUUUUGCCCUGGUGCUCAAGGACAAGGAGCUCGAACGACCGCGGUACUGGGACCUCGCGCCCGUGCACAGCCCACCACCGCAGACAGAGCCAAAGCGCGAGCCGUCGGACGGCGAUAGAGAGAACAGCGCCGGCAGCGGUGCUGGGCUGAAGGCACUCACGUCUAUCGUGUCGGCCGUGUCGGCUGUGGUGGAGGUGGCCGGCGUGGGCGGCACAGUCGACUACCCGGCGGCCGUGGCGCCCAAGCGAUCGAAGGCACGAAAGGGACGGACCAACCGACGACGCAGCAUCACCCUGCCCAGUCCGCCAUCCGAGCCGCAGUCGGAAGGCGGCAAUGACAGUGCCUCUUCGACGACGCCCAACGGCACGACGACCGUCGCGGACGAAGGGAAGAACGAAAGCGACAAAGAAAAGAGCGAAAGCGAUUCUGGAAGGAACGAAGGGGUAGAGGGGUAUGAUGGUGAGAGCAGCGGUGAGGAGGAGCACGGUGAUGCGAGUGACGAAGACAAGAAUGAAGACGGCGGCAGUGAAGAGCAGGAAAGCGUGAACGCCGGCGGGCAAAAGACGAACGAAGACGAAUGGAGGCAAGGUGGGGUGGCGGGCGAGUCUAGCGACGGAGAGCUGCACGGCGAAUCCGACCAGGAGGAGGACAACGCCGACACCGAGCUGCAGGAGCGUUUGAAGAAGACGCAGGAGAGGCUGCGUCAGCUCCAACAGGAGCUCAGCAAAGCGCAAGCGAGCGCCUUUGGUGCGAUGACUGGCCACGGCGAUGAGACGAGUCCGCCCAAGGCCGAACAGCCCAUCGCGACCACAAAGGCUGUCAGCACAGUGCCACUCCCGGCCCAGGAAGCACAGGAGGAGGUGACGGUGGAUGCAGGGGACGAGGCCAAGGCCACCACCACAACCGGGGUGGCCGCGCCGGCGUCGAACAACGGCACCGGCGGUGGCGAGACUGCGACGGCGAUCAUCGAGCGCAAGGCGUCGUCGGGACUGAUGGUCAAGGGCCGCGCCAAGAAGCCCAAGCGGAUCGUGUCGAUCAUGGACGCCGGGAUCGAUGAAAAGGCCUACCACGAGGACAAGCUCAAGCGCAUACUCGACCAGAAAGAGAACGACGAGGAGGAAAAAGCGAAAGAGAGGGGCAAAAAGAACGAAAAAAGCGACGCCGCCACCACCGCGGCGGCAGCGCUGGCGGUGGUCGAGGAGGGGCUGAAGGGAUUGGCGCCAGGUUCACGGGCGAGCGUCGACGAGAGGGAGGAGCUCAUGUUCAACAUGAUCAAGAGCGUCGAGGACUUCACGCACCAGAUGCUCGGCGAUGAGGCCAACCGGCCAUCGCCGUCACCAUCGCCUUCACCAUCGCCCUCGCCCUCGCCGGCACCUUCGCCGCAGCUGCCCCGCGAGUCCACCCCGCCACCGCAGAACUCGUCGUCUUCGCUGUCGUUCGAGAAGGCCAACGGCUGGGGAGGAGGCGCGCAGCCGCCACCACCGAUGACAACGGCCGCCGCGCCGGCUGCUGCGGUCGUCAAGCCAACGCCGCCGGCGCGGUUCGACAAGGCCGCGCUGUCGAAUCUGAUGUCGCUGGGCUCGGUGGCGGCGUCGGACGCGAUCGAGCACCACCACGAGUUCUACCCGGCGGCGGCGAUGCUGGCAACUGGCGGCUCAGGCUACUUCUCCCCGUCCUACGUCGCCAACUCGCCGCUGGCCGACCGGGCUGCCAUGGCUCGCCCGAAGCCGCCGGCCUCGGGCCUGGGGUCAUCGAGCAGCGGGCUGGGCGGCGCGCAGGGGUCGCGCUGGCGUUCGAAUGCUUCGAGCGGGCGGCGGGAGCCGGUGGCGAAGGCGCCAACGAGCCAGGGCGACACGAGCGACAGCGAGGACGAGGCGGGCAGACGCGACCUGACCGAGGCCGACUUCCGGGGUCUGCUGGGCGGCAUACGGUAUUGCAACUACACGGGGCUGUACUACUGUCCGCGCUGUCACCAAAACGAGAAGGCACUCGUUCCCGCACACAUCGUCCGUAAAUGGGACAUGAAAGAACACAAGGUGAGCAGUUGGGCGAAGGAAUACAUCGAGUCCAAUCUGAACCGACCAACGCUCAACAUCGCCUCCAUCAACCCUCAACUCUACCUGGAAGAGCUGCGAAAGCCCUUGACGGUGAUCGGCGAGUUCGUGCAGACAUGCAAGGACCGCUCGCGGCUCACGCAGUCGCUGGCCCAGGCGCAGCGCGAGUACCUCAUCGAGAACACGCACCGCUACUCCCUGCGCGACCUCGUCGACGUCUCCAAGAAUCGCUUCAUUCCUUUUCUCCAGAAGGUCAUCGAGGAAUAUGUCGCGCACAUUACGAGCGUGUGUGCGGUGUGCAAGGGCAAAGCACACUUCUGCGAGCUGUGCGCGGACGAGGACAACCUCGUGUUCCCGUUCCAGCUCCACCGCAUCGCCCGAUGCGAGGAGUGCAAGUCCUAUUUUCACAAAGUGAUGGGGAGUGGCCGGCCGUGUCCCAAGUGCGAGCGGGUGCGAGCGAUGAAGGAGCGGCUGCAGCGCGAGGCCCAGCGCGAGCAGGAGCUCAACCUGAAGGACUCGUACGGCCUCAGCUCCCUGCCGCCCUACCCGGUCUACAAGGGCAGCGCCGGCAGCGGUGGCGGUGGCGGUGCCGGGCGGCAGCAGCUGGCGGCCUCGGGCGGUGGGCGGGCGCAGCUCACCGCGUCGGGGCGGCAGAUCACCUACGUCCCGUCGCAGCAGCCGCGACGAGGGACCGGUCCAUCGUCGUCGACGGCCAGAUCUGGGCACUAG